GGUAAUUCUGUAAUCCUCCACAUCAAAGGUCUCCAUAGAUCCUCAAAGCAUUCAUGGUGUAACUGUGAAUCACUGCGUGAGGUGACGUGCAGUAUUUCAGUAGGAAUAGGGACGCGUCCCCCGUUUGGCGUGCUUGAUAACCCACCCGGUAGACAUCACACCGUGAAACCUGACAGUCUCAUGUAACCUGUUACACAUGUUACACCAAUCAGAAGUGAUUUUUCUGGACUGUUGCAUCAGUUGUUUACUGCCGAUUUUCCGUCAGGCACCAUUAGUUUGUUGCAUCAUUGCCAAUCGCUGUGAAUGGAUGACGACUUGCCGCAACAUCUGCUCCUCCCUUAAUCUUUGUUUUAACCUGUUUUUUUUCCCUUUAGCUGUUUAUUUCAAACCGCUUCAACUACCUUUCACCCAUUCGAGAAAUUACUUGCAUUAGUUUUGUCAGUGUUCAUUUUAAAGGUGGUGCAUGCGGGCCCAAAAAGACAUCGUGGCAUCCAGAGGGAGAGCCUCAGCCUCCACGCCCUCAUCUCCACGCUGUGAUUGGAUGAUCCCCGAAGUGUUGGCUCAUGUUCCUUCAUAUGUUUCUUAAUCAUUUAGAGGUAAACAGGAGACACAUGAAUGAUUCGUGGAGAUUUUGGGCACCAGCCGCUUCAGGAAGACAUUAAUCAGAUCUUUGCACAUCUUCUCAAUACUUCCCUUUCUGAUCUAGUUGAGAGGUCAUGGAGGUUUUCUACGUCAAUUCGUCUCUGCUCUUCAUCUCUCACAGACCGCUCAACUCCACUGCGGUUGAGAAGACAGUGUACGAGUCCUGCAGAAACAUGCCUGCCGUACUUAUCUGGUAUCUGAGCCUGCAGUUCACUAACAUGUUCCUAGGCAUCCCAGCUAACGUCACGGUGCUGUGGCUCAUCCACAAGAACAAACGCGACUCUUCCACCUCUGACAUCUUCAUCCUUCAUCUGGCAGUUCUGGACGUCCUCUUCUGUCUCAUCCCUCCCCUGGAGCUCGUAAACCUCGUCUUCCUCACCACGACUACCAGCACCUGGUACGUCCUGCGCUUCUUCUACGGCAUCAAAGACUCCUCGCCCCUCUUCCUUUCUUGCAUCUGCCUGGACCGCUACAUGGCCGUGGUCCACCCCAUCAUCUUCACUAAGCUCAAAGACCGUCUGCACAGGGCAGUCCUGGCCAUUGUGGUCUGGCUGAUCAUUCUGGUCUACGCGGCUGCCAAAUGCGCAGGAAACAUCGUUAACUUCGACAAGGUCUUCACGGUGAUGAUCCUCGGAGCGUUCGCCUUCAUGGUGUACUGCAACGUAGCGAUCCUCUGGGUGCUGAGGCAGUCGCGGCCUGGCGGAGAUGCCAUGCAUCCCGUGAAGAAGAAAGCCUUCAAGAUGGUCCUCAUUAUCCUGGCCAUCAUAGUGUUCAACUACUUCCCACCUGUCGCACUCUUCCCCUUCAAAGAGUACUUUUCCCCUGAUGUGUUUCGCUGCUAUAUUCACUACAUCGCCUUCGGCUUGAUGGACUUCAGCAGCACCAUUCAGCCUGUGCUGUAUCUGUCCAAGGAGGGGCUGCCAUGGAGCAUCACCUGCAGCCAGAGGAGCAACACUUAAAUCCAGCGGGGCUACAUGUAUGUUGGAUGUAUUCGAACAAAUGUACUGCUCCUGCUUGAUUGCAUGUUGAAAAUUAUGAUUAAUGAAACAUUUACCAAUGAGGUAAAAAGAUCUAAGCGCCCUACAAGACCCCAGAAUUUUGAAGUUCUUGGUUUAAUUAACAAGAAGGGUCAGACCUACAGAUAGCUCUGAAAUAAUACAUCUUUAAGGGCUGUGGGAAGUUAUAAAAAUCAUUGUUAUUUUACUAGAUUUCAUAGGAUAAUUAAUAAAGGAAUGAGUAUCUUAGAGGUUAGUUAGUGACACCCUCAAACAGCAGUUACAGUGGGUGCUGUCAGUAGGUGUGCUGUGACACUUUAUGUGAUUUCACUCUGCCACUGUAACAUUUUCUUUAAUUCAAUUUUUUAAAAGAAAACCAUGCACACCUAUUGCUUUAUAUAUCUGAUUAAAUAAACAUGCAUGCCCUUUUCGUCCUCGCGUGUAGCCAUGUCCUCAGUUUGAGUCGCAAACUACAAGGAAUCUAAUGCACAUGAGUGCAGACAACAGAGACUAAUUGCAUUUAAGGCAACGAGGAACACCAGCGAUAAAAUGUCAUGUUUGGAAAUCAGGCAAAAGCAAUGGUGGACAGAUAUGAGCACACAUUGGUGAGAUGAAGUCGCCGCUUCCUUUUGGCAAUAUUUUACAUAUUCAAACCUCAGAUACCUGCAGUCUGACCGCGAUGGUGCAACAGGUCAUAAAUCCCUUUCAUAAAGAUGAUAAAUUUUCACAUGCAGAGUCCCUGAAAUUCACGGUGCCAUGAUCUUCCCUCUAAAUUCACACAAAUACUUGAUACUUGUUGCAGCAGUGGUACAUUUGAUGGUGUUGUGGAAAAUCUAACAAUAACCUGCAACACACCCAGUGAGCUUGAUUUGAAGUGGGUUUAGUAAACGCACUGCAAUGUGGAGAGAGCAUCCCAGUGAAAGAGAAAGUGAUAUUACUGUAACUAAUGUGAUAUGAUUAAAUAUGUGAUUAAUACACGAGAAAAGAAAUCUGCCAAUACAAUGGCUGAAAGGACUUGAACCUAGAAGACAGAGAAUGUGUAACCAUUUUGCACAGAAGCUAUUAUCUAAUUAUUCAAGGCUCCUUAUUUUAUGAUUUUAAAAUAAACUUCUUCUUUUUUUUAAAUUAUCAGUAAAACCUACACUCAGUAACUCUUAGGCGGGUUUUUUUUUCUAAAUGUAUUAAAAUCCAAAAAUGAAGCUCCAAUUUUCUCACGUUUGUUUAGUAGAAAUCACUCUAGCUGCGCUUACAGCCCAGUCUUUAUGUUUCUGCAAGCAUUGCACACCUGGAUUCUAGCACUGUUACAUACCUAUCAAUGCAUGAGACACUUCAGUGAAAGUAAAAUCAGUUCACCUUACCACAAUCUGAAUACCACACUGUGGUGUGUUUUAUUUUCAUCGUGCACUGAAUGCGUUU